AUGGCAAAGAUUGUUGGCAGCAAAAUGCUCUUGAAAGACAUUGGAAAGUUGUCACCAGCACAACAGACCUCUUCGCUUGAGGCAUUCCACAAAGUUGUUUGCCAUUUUGCUCCAAAAUUUGUACACUAUGAACAUCCUCAGAUGGAAGCAAGGUUGUGUCUGGCUGCCUUACAUUUCAACGAGAAUGAUAAUCGAGCACAGGCAACAAAAAAGAAGGGCACACCGCAAUAUUCUGUAUCAUUUCAAAGAGGGCGUGAAACUGGAGUUGCGAAAGAAGUCAAAGUUGAAAUGACUUAUGAUAUGAAUUAUUACUCGAUUACCUUUCUGAUCUCAGCAUUUGCCUACAAAAAUUCCACUGGAAUUGUAUCAACAGAAGAAAGAAACGACAUCCUUGGUCAUGAUACAGGAAACAUUGAUAAAGGAU